CUAGCUUCUAGCUUGCAGCUUGUCCUUCAGAACCUCUGCCGCCAACAGCAACACCAAACCGACGCGAUGGCUGCUCCCAACAACGGUGGACCCGCUUCCGGCGCCUACGAGCUUAGUGUAAAGCCUCCAUCGGACCUCGUCAUACCUCCACCGAACGUGCGCGAGAAUGUCGCCAAAACUGCCGAUUUCAUCGACCGUAGAGGCGACGCGAAGUUGCCGGACAUGGUACGGCGCGUCUCUGCCGAUUCAAAGAGCAACCUGCAGUUCGUAUUGGAGGGUGACCCAUACAACCCAUACUUCCUCUGGUACCUUCAGCAACUCAAGGACGGCAACGGACCCUCCAACAAAACUGCCCAGCCGGUGGUAGAUAACACGCCCAAGGGACCUCCGGAGCCCGUCAAAUUCCGUUUUUCCGCGCGCAUGCCUAACAUUAGCGCCAAGGACCUCGAGGUGGUGAAGUUGACUGCGUUGUAUACGGCGCGCGUUGGUGAGAACUGGCUGAAGGAGUUGCGCAAUCGUGAGUCUGGCAACUUCCAGUUCGACUUCCUCCGACCGAACCACAGCUUCUUCCAGUUCUUCCGAUCGCUUGUCGACCAGUAUAAGAUACUUCUCGAAGAAGAGCAGACGGUCGAGGUCCGCAUCGAGGAGCUGCAGCAUAACAUCAAGAACCGAUUUCAUGUUCUAGACCGAGCGAAGCAGCGCGCCGAGUAUGUCAAAUACGUGACGGCGCAGAAGGAGAAGGAGGAGAAGAAGGCCGAAGAUGAGAAGAAGGAGUAUGCGACCAUCGAUUGGCAUGACUUUGCCGUCAUUGCUACUGUUUUGUUUGAUGAGGCCGAUGACGCAGCAGAUCUCCCUGCGCCCGCGCUCUUGAACGACCUGCAAUCUCAGUCGCUCGAACAGAAAGCUAUGGUGUCGCUGUCAACAAGGCGCCUCGAGGAAGCCAUGCCCGACGAGACAACUUACUACAACGUGACGCAGCACUCGAUUCCAACACAACACAACUACGCCCCGGCAGCACCGCCUGUGCAGCCCCUCUACCCAACAUAUGCGCCUCCGCCUGAUUAUAUGCCAACGGCACAACGGGCGCGCGAGGAGGACUUGGCCCGGUUGGCGAGAGAGCGCGAGGCGGAGAGCGACCAGAGAGCUCGCGCAAUGGCUGCGGCCAGGGGAGCCCCUGGUCGCAUUGUUGCAGACUAUGUUCCCCGCACAGCUGCAAAGAAAGCCAACACACACAUGGCGGUGUGUCCUAACUGCAAGCAGAACAUACCUGCGAACGAGAUGGACGAGCACAUUCGAAUUGAACUGCUUGAUCCACGCUGGAAGGAGCAGCGAGAUAAGUCCGAGGCUCGAUACUCAACGACGAUUAACACAGCCGAUGUUGCAAACAACCUCAAGCGCUUCGCCAGCCAGCGCGACGAUAUUUAUGAUGGCGCCACUGGCCAACCCAUAUCCGCCGAGGAGGAUGCCCGAAGAAAACGAGCAGCAGUGUCAUAUGACGGACAACCGGAUCCAGCCAAAGACGCUGCUCGACUUCAACAAAUGCAGUCCAUGAAUGUACAAGAACAGCUUCGAAGGAUUCAAGAAAAGCAUAGACAAUGAGAGAGCCUAGGAUUGCGUAUCUCUCACUGAUCGCUUGAUGUCACCAAUUCUUUGGCUCGCCAUCUCGAGUAUCGUAGUCUUUGAUUUCUCAAACGUUAAGGCAUGCGAGAGCCGCUCAUUGCAUAGGGCGGAGUCUGGGAGUUUGGGAGUACUGUGCGAACAUGUGUAUACCCAAGGAGGGUGCGAAAAGCGCAUUUCAUUGUAUAAUAUUUUCAGGAUGAGCCUUAGCAUCAAAUGAGCAUUGACCAAUGUGCAUUCAAC